AGAAAUUACACCGUUGACACCAUUGACACGCUAGCUCGUACAAAUUACAUUAAUUAAAUUUGCCUAGAAGAUGCAUAUGGUCUCGCUGCAUCCGACUCUCCAUCAUCGAUCAAUAUAUCCGUAUAUUAAGGCACUACUGGUACUACUCCUCAGACAGCAGUGUCUGUUCGACCAAUCGAAGACUACGAGAGAAUGAAGCAAAAGAUUGUGAUGAAAGUACCGAUGUACUGCCGGAAAUGCCAAACGAAGGCGCUCAAAAUUGUUGCCAAAGAAAAUGGUGUGAGCUUUAUGGCGUUAGGAGAGGAGAAGGACAGCGUCGUGGUGAUUGGGGAGGGAGUAGACGCCAUCAAGUUGGCUAAGAGCCUGAGGAAGAAGUUCAAGAACACUCACAUUAUCACCGUUGCAGAGGUUUGAUCGAUAUUAGUGGAAUGGAU